AAGUAGGAGGGUUGAUUUUGUACUUCCGUCCCGUUGAGGUUUUCUUCUUCCAUUUUUCAUUUCCCACGAGGGGUAAUGAAACCCUAAAUCACUCGAUUUUACAGGUAGUAGAGCAGAUUUACUUACAUUCGUGAAGAAUGCAGCACCAACACCAGAGAAUGAAGCAACAACAGCAGCAGCAGCAGCAGCAAACAUUGAUGCAGCAAGCUCUUCUUCAACAACAAUCUCUCUAUCAUCCUGGCCUCUUGGCUCCACCACAGAUCGAGCCAAUACCAAGUGGAAAUUUGCCUCCUGGGUUUGAUCCAAACACAUGCCGCAGUGUGUAUGUGGGAAAUGUUCAUACACAAGUGACUGAACCACUUCUUCAAGAGGUUUUUGCAAGUACUGGUCCUGUUGAAAGCUGCAAACUUAUAAGAAAAGAUAAGUCAUCAUAUGGAUUCAUUCACUACUUUGAUCGAAGAUCUGCUGCACUUGCUAUAUUGUCUUUAAAUGGAAGGCAUCUGUUUGGACAACCUAUCAAAGUUAACUGGGCAUAUGCCAGUGGACAGAGGGAGGACACAUCAGGUCACUUUAACAUAUUUGUUGGUGAUCUCAGCCCUGAGGUUACUGAUGCUAUGUUAUACACAUGUUUCUCUGUGUAUAGCAGCUGCUCGGAUGCAAGGGUUAUGUGGGAUCAGAAAACUGGACGUUCACGUGGUUUUGGGUUUGUUUCUUUUCGAGACCAACAGGAUGCUCAAAGCGCUAUAAAUGACUUAACGGGGAAGUGGCUUGGAAGUAGGCAGAUACGCUGCAAUUGGGCCACAAAAGGUGCUGGUAUUGGUGAUGAAAAACAGGCUUCAGAUUCAAAAAGUGUAGUGGAGCUAACAAACGGGUCUUCAGAGGAGGGUAAAGAGCCAACUAAUAGCAGUGAUGCUCCUGAGAAUAAUCCACAGUACACAACAGUUUACGUUGGCAACCUAGCCCCAGAAGUUACACAGCUUGAGCUUCAUCGUCACUUUCAUUCCCUUGGAGCUGGGGUGAUUGAGGAAGUUAGGGUGCAACGUGACAAAUAUUUCGGUUUUGUCAGAUACAACAACCAUACGGAGGCUGCACUUGCUAUUCAAAUGGGAAACACCCAAUCUAUUCUUUAUGGCAAACAAAUUAAGUGUUCGUGGGGCAGCAAGCCCACACCUCCAGGAACAAGCUCAAACCCCCUACCUCCACCAGUGCCUGCACCAAUGCUAUCAGCUGCUGAUAUGUUGGCAUAUGAACGGCAACUAGCCAUGAACAAGAUGGCUCUCAUGCACCCUCAAGCCCAGCACCCUCUCAAACAGGCUACAAUGGAUAUGGCAGCUGCUGGAGCCAGCCAAGCCAUAUAUGAUGGUGGUUUCCAGAGUGUUGCUGCUGCCCAACAACUCAUGUACUAUCAAUGAGCUUAUGCGGACUAACCUUCUUUAUUUUUUCUAGUUCUUUUCCCUUUUGUUUACUUUUUUUCCCUGUUGUAACCUUUGCAUUUGCCUCCCAAUUGGGACUGUUGUCACACUUCUAUAUAUUGCCAUGAGUAUGGAUACUUAUGGUGUAUGUUCAUUGAUAUGCGUUAGCUGGUGAUGACAUGUUUGCUCGUUUCUAGUGAACAACCGAUGUUUAUUUCGAGUGUUUGGUUAAUAUCACAUUGAAGUACCUAAA